AUGUCAGAGGAAAAAUGGAUGGAAAAUUCCGUUCAGGAAAAACCGGCAGCGAUGCAACACGGUAGCAAAAAUUCAUCGACAUCGAUUCAAUCAUCAUCAUCAUCAUCGUCAUUUAAAAAAAUCGUAAUUUUAACGUUUCUUAUUAUUUUUUUAUUCCGUUCUUUUGAAAAUAAUCACGUUAAAAAUUACGAUUUCAGGUAG